UUCUCUCCCGGUCUCCGCUUCUCUCCCCACAUGCCCGCCGCCCGCCCCGAUCAUUCGAUCGUCUCCUCUCCUGGUCCCGGCUGGCUUCAUCUUGCGCCUCCACACCUCUCCCCGUCCCCCACCCUUCACUCUCUCCCUGCAUAACUCUCUUCUGCAUGUAUGUGUGUAUCCAUGUCUGUCUGCUGCUUACCAUCUCUCCUGAAUCUACCUAUGACUUUCUACCCACUCCUACAAGUGCUUGCGGUCUCUCUUGUGUUUUCUAAGUCCCAACAGCUUACUGGUUUUCAUUUUCUGGAGCAGGGUCUACAGGUUUCCACCAAACAGAAGAUCUCGCCCUGGGAUCUUUUUGAGGGGUUGAAGCCGUCAGCACCGCUCUCUUGGGGCUGGUUUGGAACAGUCCGGGUGGACCGGCGAGUGGCUCGAGGAGAGGAGCAGCAGCGGUUGCUGCUCUACCACACACACCUGAGGCCCCGGCCCCGCGCCUAUUACCUGGAGCCACUGCCACUGCCCCCAGAAGAUGAGGAGCCCCCUGCUCCUACCCUGCUAGAGCCUGAGAAAAAGGCUCCAGAGCCCCCCAAAACUGACAAACCGGGGGCUGCUCCACCCAGUACUGAGGAACGCAAGAAGAAGUCCACCAAGGGCAAGAAACGCAGCCAGCCAGCUGCCAAGACAGAGGACUAUGGAAUGGGCCCGGGUCGGAGCGGCCCUUAUGGUGUGACAGUGCCUCCAGACCUCCUGCACCACCCAAACCCUGGUUCCAUAACCCACCUUAAUUACAGGCAAGGCUCCAUAGGCCUGUACACCCAGAACCAGCCACUACCUGCAGGUGGCCCUCGUGUGGACCCAUACCGCCCUGUGCGCUUACCAAUGCAGAAGCUGCCCACCCGACCGACUUACCCUGGAGUGCUGCCCACAACCAUGACUGGCGUCAUGGGCCUAGAACCCUCCUCUUAUAAGACCUCUGUGUACCGGCAGCAGCAACCUGCGGUGCCCCAAGGACAGCGCCUUCGCCAACAGCUCCAGGCAAAGAUACAGAGUCAGGGCAUGUUGGGACAGUCAUCUGUCCAUCAGAUGACUCCCAGCUCUUCCUACGGUUUGCAGACUUCCCAGGGCUAUACUCCUUAUGUUUCUCAUGUGGGAUUGCAGCAACACACAGGCCCUGCAGGUACCAUGGUGCCCCCCAGCUACUCCAGCCAGCCUUACCAGAGCACCCACCCUUCUACCAAUCCUACUCUUGUAGAUCCUACCCGCCACCUGCAACAGCGGCCCAGUGGCUAUGUGCACCAGCAGGCCCCCACCUAUGGACAUGGACUGACCUCCACUCAAAGGUACCCAAAGUAGUGGUGAGCUAGGAAGAGAUGCAGAGGUAUAAGGGAGCAUUUGACUUGGGAAAGCCCGUGUCUGAAGGUGAUGGGACUGGUCAGAACUCUCAGCGACAUCAAGAAUACUUAUCUGGCCACAUAGCCCAUAACCACAGAAGUCUCGAGCUGGAAGGGACCCUGGAGACCAAUAGUUUCAUGUGUACUUCCUUAACAGUUCUUUGAGGCCCAGAGAAGGGAAAUUGUUUAUCUGACUCAUGGAAAAAUCUGGGCUGUGUGGUAGCUCACACUGGUAGUCCCAGCACUUGGGGGCCCAAGGUGGGAGAAUCAGUUGGGUCCAAGAAUUCGAGGCCCAACUGGG